AUGUCUACCAAAACCACCAUCAAGACUCAAACCAGCCACCGUGGCUACAGUGCCAGCUCAGCCAGAGUGCCUGGGCUCAACCGCUCUGGCUUCAGCAGUGUGUCUGUGUGCCGCUCCCGGGGCAGCGGUGGCUCUGGUGCAGUGUGUGGAGGAGCUGGCUUUGGCAGCAGGAGCCUCUAUGGUGUGGGGAGCUCCAAGAGGAUCUCCAUCGGAGGGGGCAGCUGUGGCAUUGGAGGAGGCUAUGGCAGCCGAUUUGGAGGAGGCUUCAGCUAUGGAGGAGGAGCCGGAGGUAGCUUUGGCUUCGGUGGUGGAGCUGGCUUCGGUGGUGGCUAUGGGGGAGCCGGCUUCCCAGUGUGCCCACCUGGAGGCAUCCAAGAAGUCACCGUCAACCAGAGCCUCCUCACCCCUCUGAACCUGCAAAUCGACCCCACCAUCCAACGGGUCAGGACUGAGGAGAGGGAGCAGAUCAAGACCCUCAACAACAAGUUUGCCUCCUUCAUCGACAAGGUGCGGUUCCUGGAGCAGCAGAAUAAGGUCCUGGACACCAAGUGGGCCCUGCUGCAGGAGCAGGGCACCAAGACCGUGAGGCAGAACCUGGAGCCUAUGUUUGAACAGUACAUCAGCAACCUCCGCAGACAGCUGGACAGCAUCCUUGGAGAGAGGGGUCGCCUGGACUCAGAGCUGAGGAACAUGCAGGAUACAGUGGAGGACUACAAGAGCAAAUAUGAAGAUGAAAUCAACAAGCGCACAGCAGCAGAGAAUGAAUUUGUGACCCUGAAGAAGGAUGUGGAUGCUGCCUACAUGAACAAGGUUGAACUGCAAGCCAAGGCAGACAGUCUGACAGAUGAUAUCAACUUCCUGAGAGCUCUCUAUGAAGCAGAACUGUCUCAGAUGCAAACUCACAUCUCAGACACAUCUGUGGUCCUCUCCAUGGACAACAACCGCAGCCUGGAUCUGGACAGCAUCAUUGCUGAGGUCAAGGCCCAGUAUGAGGACAUUGCUCAAAGAAGUCGGGCUGAGGCCGAGUCCUGGUACCAGACUAAAUAUGAGGAGCUGCAGGUCACAGCUGGCAGACACGGGGACGACCUGCGCAACACCAAGCAGGAGAUCGCUGAGAUCAACCGCAUGAUCCAGAGGCUGAGAUCUGAGAUCGACCACGUUAAGAAGCAGUGUGCCAACCUCCAAGCUGCCAUUGCUGAGGCUGAACAGCGUGGGGAGAUGGCCCUGAAGGAUGCCAGGGGCAAGCUGGAAGGGCUGGAGGAUGCCCUGCAGAAGGCCAAGCAGGACAUGGCCAGGCUGCUGAAGGAGUACCAGGAACUCAUGAAUGUCAAGCUGGCCUUGGACGUGGAGAUCGCCACCUACAGGAAGCUUCUGGAAGGAGAGGAGUGCAGGUUGAAUGGUGAAGGUGUUGGACCAGUCAACAUCUCUGUGGUGCAGUCCACCAUGUCCAGCGGCUAUGGCAGCGCAGGUGGUGCUGGGAGCAGCUUAGCCCUGGGAGGAGGCAGUAGCUACUCCUAUGGCAGUAGCCACGGCUUUGGAGGUGGCUUCAGUUCUGGCAGUGGCAGAGUCAUUGGAGGUGGCCUCAGCUCCUCAGGUGGCAGCUCCUCCAUCAAAUACACAACCACCACCUCCUCCAGCAGGAAGAGCUACAGGCAGUGA